GCUUUUUUGGCAGGAGCGUAGAAAGAAACGCUUCACGAUAACAAGGCCAAGAAAGAAGAACGAGAAGAUAGAGGAGGAGAAACUUUCAUCGCAAAACAAAAAACCCUAAUUUUGUUGCUGUCAGAGGUAGCCAAAGGCACCUUCUUCUUCCAGAGAACAAGGACUCAACCAAAAGCCUGUAAAUAAGUAAACUCUAAGAAGUAUCCUAGCUUAAGAUCUAUGGCUCUAUCUCCAUUAUUAUUCCAGACAAGGAAGAGAAGGCCAUCUGUUGGAUCCUUUAUUACACCGUCAAAUCUCUCUCAAACUGCCCUAGUUCAAGCGCUAAUGCUUCUUGCUCAGGAGCUGUCCCUUUACAAGCCGCUGAAGCCAUUGCAAAAGCGAAACUCAUCAGCUAUAAUCAGAAAGGUGAAGCUCUUAACCGUUCUCUUUGAAACUCUCAAAGAAACACAGUCCCCUCUCCCAAAAACGGCGAUCCUCUGUUUCCGAGAAAUCUUCAUUGUUUUGGAGAGGAUCAAAGCUUUGCUCGAUGACUGCAACAAUGGAAGCAGGAUCUGGCUCCUGAUGCAAAACGAAGAGGUUUCUAACCAGUUUUAUGAGCUCACUCUAGAGCUUGCUACGCUUCUUGAUGUUCUUCCAUUAAAGGAGCUCACUCUCUUAGAAGAUGUAAAGGAGCAGGUGGAACUGGUCCAUAAACAGUGUGGAAAAUCAAAGCUUUUCAUCGAUCAGAGUGAUAAAACCCUAAGAAGUGAGGUCUUAUCGAUUUUAGACGAGAUCGGGCGAGAAAUCAUACCAGAGAGAUCUAAAUUGAAGCAAAUCUUUGACAGAUUGGAGAUAACAGAUGGACAAAGUUGCAGAAGAGAGAUGGCUUUCUUAGAAGAGGAGGUCCAAGCACAGGGCCUAACAGACAAAUCAACCGCUGUAAUUAAUAGCUUAGUGAGUCUGGUCCGAUACUGUAAAUGCGUAUUGUUUGGUAUUUCAUCGCCUGAACCCGAAAAUUUUCGACAAGAGAAGCCCUUAGAGAAUGAGGAAGGCACAUUGAUCCCUGAUGAUUUUCGGUGCCCAAUUUCACUUGAUCUAAUGCAUGAUCCGGUGAUUGUGGCCAGCGGUCAGACCUACGAACGCAGUUCUAUCAGCCGAUGGAUUGAGGACGGCCACCUCACUUGCCCUAAGAGUGGUCAGGUUCUUGCUCACACCAAUUUGGUUCCAAACCAUGCAUUGCGUAGCUUGAUCGCACAAUGGUGUCGAGAACGUGGAGUACCAUUUGAGAAAUCAGAGAAGGGUGGUCGAAAUGAGGCUGCGACGUGCACCAAAGCAGCUCUCGAGGCCACAAAAAUGACUGCUUCCUUCUUGGUUUCUCAGCUUUCAGUUCCCGAAGUGGCAAGUCAAGCGGUUUACGAGCUUCGACUCCUGGCAAAAUCGGGGUCUGAUAAUCGAGCUUGUAUUGCAGAGGCUGGAGCAAUUGAGAAAUUGGUCCCUCUCAUGCGCUCAACUGACGUGUUGACACAAGAGAAUGCAGUGACUGCAAUUUUGAAUCUUUCGAUUCUAGAAGACAACAAAGGAAGGAUAAUGGCCACUGAGGGUUGCCUUGCCGGGGUUGUGCACGUUUUGAGUUCGGGCCUCACGGCAGAGGCCCGAGAAAAUGCUGCGGCUGCUUUGUUUAGCCUGUCAGCCACCCCAGAGCACAAACGCGCAGUUGCAGAGGAGCCAGGUGCACUGGCAGCUCUGGUCCGGCUCCUCUCCUCUGGUGGGUCCCGUGGGCGGCGUGAUGCUGUAUCAGCAUUGUUUAAUCUCGCGGUUCACAGAGAGAACCAUGAAAAGGUCCUGAAGGCUGGCGUUGUCAAUGCAAUUAUGAAGAUGUUCAGUGAAGAGGGGCCUCUGUUGGAGGAAGGGCUUGUGGAGGAUUCACUCGCCGUGGUAGCACUGCUCGUCAGGCGGUGUGGGAAGCAAGGAGCUAUGGCAUUUGUAAAGGGGUCUUCUUAUUGCUCAUCGUCGUUGAUUGGGGUGUUGGUGGGGAUUUUGGGCUGGGGGAGUGCGAGGUCCCGAGAGCAAGCGGUGGCAACAUUGUUGGAUGUGUGUCGUGGGGGAGGAGGGGAGGCAGUGAGGGAGGUUGCAGGGGCAUCCGGGGCAGGGAGGAUGUUGUAUGAGCUGAUGGCAGCUGGCACUCCUAGGGCGAGGAGGAAGGCAGCAUCCCUUGGGAGGCUUUGUCAUAGGUGGGAGGUCGGGAGGGUUGCCGCGGCCACUGAGAGUGUCAGUGUCGUAGGGGCUAGCGGCGGCCGGGUCAGCAUUGUUGUGCCGACCGUGGCUCACCCAUUGGAGAGGUAGUUGCCAACCGUGGCUCACCCAGAAAAUCUGUUGUUGGGCUUUUGUUGUCUCUCGGCCAUUUCUCCUGGAAGUUGGUUCUUUGGUUCUCUCUUUUCUCCCCUCCCUCAUUUCACUGGAAAGUCUGUUCUUAUAGCUUUUACUCUCUAUUCAUUCUUGCUGUAGAUUGUGUUCUUGGACUCUCUCUCUCUCCUGUUAGCCUCUAUUGUAUAUGAGGGGGUUACUGUUUUUGUUUUGUGGGUGAUGAAAAUGAUUGGGGGUAGAGGUGUGGAUUGAGUUGUGAGGAAAGAUGUUAUUGAUUUGUUGUGGGGUAGAUUCCAACUUAAAAAUCUCCCUACGUUAUACAUCUAAUUCUAACCCAAGUUAUCUCUCUCUGUCUCUGAUGUUUAUCUCCUCCUUUGCUUGGUAGUUAGUAAAUGGAUUUUGUGUCUCUC